AUGGUCAAACUGGACGUAAGUCUGAUCCGGUAUAUGAGUGCGGAUGAGCUCCGAGUGUUGACAUCGGUUGAGAUGGGAAUGAAGAAUCACGAGUUGGUCCCGAAGUCGCUCAUUAUCUCCAUCUCAUCCCUCCGGAGCGGCGGUCUGUCCAAAGUGUUGCUCAAAUUGACACAAAAUAAGUUGAUUUCAUACGAGAGAGGGAAGCGUUUUGAUGGCUAUCACCUCACAUACAAGGGCUACGACUUUCUCGCACUCAACGUCUUAAGCAAUCGGGAAGUGAUCGCCGGAAUCGGCAAUCAGAUCGGUGUCGGCAAAGAGAGCGACGUCUAUGUGGCCACCGAUCGCGAGGACAGGACCCGCGCCGUGAAGAUGCACCGCUUGGGCCGCACGUGUUUCCGGACGGUGUCCACCAAACGUGACUAUCAGCGCAACGGUCGCAAAACCAAUUGGAUCUAUUUGUCACGACUGGCCGCCAAACGCGAGUUCGCUUUCAUGAAACUUCUUUACGAUAAUCACGUGUCGAUUCCCGAACCCAUUGAAUCCAAUCGUCACUGCAUUGUAAUGGAACUCAUUGAUGGCGUUCUUCUGAAUCACGUGUCCAGAGAUCACUUCCAGAGUGAGACAGAAGUUCCCGCGCUGUACGACAAACUCAUGAAUCUGAUCAUACGAUUGGCCAAUGAUUUCGGUGUAAUUCACGGCGAUUUCAAUGAAUUUAAUAUUAUUGUUAAACACGAGUCUUCGGAACCGGUUUUGAUAGACUUUCCGCAAAUGAUAUCAAUAUCUCAUACUAUGGCUCAGAUUUACUUCGAUCGCGACGUCAAAUGCAUUGUCGACUUCUUUGCCAAACGAUUCGCUUAUGAAUCGGAUUUUAUUCCCGGCUUUGAGGCCAUAGAGAAGGAAAAUGUCGACAAAUUGAAUGAAUUGAGUCUUUUAGAUGAAGAAGAGACCAGUGAUGAAGACGAGGAAGAAGAAGAUGAAGAGGUUGUAAAAGAAGAUAAUGAAGUAUUAAGUGAACCAAAAGUUAAUGAAAUACUGACCGAUAUAUCAGAGGACAACCAAAACGAUACCGAAAAACAAUUGACAGAAAAUAUCGAUAAAUUAGAUAUAAAAGAGACGACAAAUACGAAUAAUUUAAGCGAUAGUAACGAAGACAAUGAGUCGAAUGGCAGCUUCGGUGGAGCGACUUCUGUGGCCACGACUUUCACACCUCAAGAGAUCAAAGAAAAGCUCCGAAAAGAGAGAAACAGAACCGAUAAGAGAGCGAAGACACGCAAAGCCAAGAAAGACAUCAAAGGAGACAACUGUGCGUUCAUUCGGCGCCGUAAAGACGAUUUGGCGACUCUUAGGGACGAUAUGAAGGCUUAUAAUGUCGAAAAGGAAAUCUAUUAA